CACUUGACCCCUGCAAACACACAUUCAGUUCUUAAGGCGACGCAGAGUUUCUUAAAAAAACAGCUGGCACUUAGAAACACGCGAGUUCGAGCUCUGAAGGAAACAGGUGUCCAACAGGAAGCUACUGAACGCUAACAAUGUGCCGUCUCUUGUUUAGAAAGGGUGUGAGCCUGGACUCCAGUGUUUCUAACCUCUUCCACACCCUGUUGUGUGGUCAUUUGGUUUUCACAUGCACUAAUCUAUGUGUGUGUGUGUGUGUGUCAUGUGUGCAGGAGAAUCAAGGGGUAGGGUGAUGUCAUAUUUGAUGACAUCAUUGCAGACGUGCAGGGAGUGCAGAUUAGCGGCCGUUGCUCUUCUGAGCCAGAUGUCCACAGCUGCCUUGGUUUAUUGGUGCCCCCCCCUCUCCCACACACACACAAACACACACACACACCCACACACCCCUCCGUGCCAGCUCUGUUAGUGUGUAAGCUCUAGAAAUAGCCUUAAACUCACCCCAGUCUACCAAUCCAGGCUUAAAUUGAGCGUGGCAAAAAAAAAAAAAAAAAAAAACCCUCCCACCCACAUUCCAGCCUCCCUACCACCAACCAAACCCUUGGCUGGCCCCUUUCGGCCGAGUCACUUUUAUUUUUUUUGUCUGAGCCUCAGCGUGUGUCCUGGUCGCACCAGCUGAUCGGAGACCGUGCGGGUUUGGCAGCGCAUACGACACCUGGUUAGCUCCAAAAAAAUAAGUAAAUAAAAGGGAAAGCUGCACACCUCACACCAGAGUUGACAGGACAAAGAGCACACACUCCCACCGGAGCCACACAGGGGGCAGGGCAAAGCUAGGCUGCACAACACACACAUGUGAUCCCCCCCCACCCACCGUACACACACACACACACACACACACACACACACGCAGGCUCCUCCCUGCGCAAGGAGACAGAGAUGGGAGGUGCAGUCAAUCACUGACAGGGAGAGGGGUUUUUCGCUGGAGUUGCUAAGAGAGGGGGGGAGGAGGGAAAAGGGGGUGACAAAUAUUCCCCCAAAUCGGAGUCAAGUGCCUCCUUUAAAUUCAUUCAUGCGGAGCGAGAGAAACAACACAGCAGAGGAGAGCGGCGCGUCCCGGUUCGGAGACAACACAGGAAGUAGGGCAUGCUCUGUGCAGGGUGAGGAGGAGGAGGAGGAGGAGGAGGAGAGGGAGAGGGAGAGAGGGAGAGCACUGUAUUCUCCUCCCCUCGCCUUAAAGCAGCAGCGGGAGGAAAGAGAGACGUAGUCAGGGAGAGGAGGAGGAGGAGGAGGCGGAAGACGACCACAAGUAAGGAAGUGAGGAGGGCUAGCGGCGGUUCUGCAUCGGCAGCGGGGGGAGAGAGAGGAGGAAAAAAAAAAGAAAAAUGGAGCUCUGAAAGCCGCCUUUUGCCCUCAUCCAUCUCUGCCUCUCUCUUUUCUCCCCCCUCCUCCCUCCCUCCCUCCCCCCUCUUAUUCCGGCUCAGCCUCGGUUUCUGUCUCUGCCCGCCUUCGAUUGUUCUGUGAGAUUCUGACAAUGCCUGGUCUCAUCUGAUGCCAAGGCUGAAGGAGUCUCGCUCCCAUGAGUCACUGCUCAGCCCCAGUAGCGCUGUGGAAGCCCUGGACCUAAGUAUGGAGGACGAGGUUAUCAUCAAGCCCGUUCACAGCAGCAUCCUCGGGCAGGACUACUGCUUUGAGGUCACUACCUCCGCGGGAAGCAAAUGUUUUUCCUGCCGUUCAUCAGCCGAGAGAGACAAAUGGAUGGAGAAUCUGAGGAGAGCGGUGCAACCAAACAAAGACAACAGUCGCCGGGUGGAGAACAUGCUGAGGCUGUGGAUCAUCGAAGCCAAGGACCUGCCGGCCAAAAAGAAAUACUUCUGCGAGCUUUGUCUCGAUGACUCACUCUACGCCCGCACCACCUGUAAGCUCAAGACUGACAAUGUCUUUUGGGGGGAGCACUUUGAGUUCAGUAACCUGCCUGCCGUCAAGAGCAUCACAGCCCACCUGUACAAGGACACAGACAAGAAGAAAAAGAAAGAUAAAAACAACUACAUUGGACUCGUCAACAUCCCCGUCAGGGAUGUCACCGGGCGACAGUUUGUGGAGAAGUGGUACCCAGUCAGCACUCCCAACCCCCCUAAGGGCAAGACGCCGGGGCCCAUGAUCAGGAUCAAGGCGCGCUAUCAGAGUAUGAGCAUCCUUCCCAUGGAGAUGUACAAGGAGUUUGCAGAGUACACCACCAACAACUACAUGCUGCUGUGCUCGGUGCUAGAGCCCGGGAUAAGCGUCAAGAACAAGGAGGAGAUGGCGUGCGCGCUGGUCCACAUCCUGCAGAGCACCGGCAAGGCCAAGGACUUCCUGACAGAUUUGAUGAUGUCGGAGGUCGACCGCUGCGGGGAGAACGAGCACCUCAUCUUCAGAGAAAACACGCUGGCCACGAAGGCCAUCGAGGAGUACCUGAAGCUGGUGGGACAGAAGUACCUGCAGGACGCCCUCGGCGAGUUCAUCAAGGCUCUGUACGAGUCAGAUGAGAACUGUGAGGUCGACCCGUCCAAGUGUUCGUCGGGCGACCUGCCAGAGCACCAGAGUAACCUGAAGAUGUGCUGCGAGCUGGCCUUCUGCAAAAUCAUCAACUCAUACUGUGUCUUUCCACGGGAACUGAAAGAGGUUUUCGCGUCGUGGCGGCAGGAAUGCAGCAACCGGGGUCGACCGGACAUAAGCGAGCGGCUGAUCAGCGCCUCCUUGUUCCUGCGCUUCCUGUGCCCGGCCAUCAUGUCCCCGUCGCUCUUCAACCUGAUGCAGGAGUACCCGGACGACCGCACGGCGCGCACGCUCACGCUCAUCGCCAAAGUCACGCAGAACCUGGCCAACUUCACCAAAUUCGGCAACAAGGAAGAGUACAUGUCCUUCAUGAACCAGUUCCUGGAGCACGAGUGGACCAACAUGCAGCGGUUCCUGCUCGAAAUCUCAAACCCAGAGACAAUCUCCAACACGGCGGGCUUCGAGGGCUACAUCGACCUCGGCAGGGAGCUCUCCACCCUGCACUCCCUCCUUUCUGAGGUGGUCUCCCAAAUGGACCAGAGUGCAGCCUCCAAGCUGGGUCCUCUGCCCAGGAUCCUGCGGGAAGUGAACACGGCUCUGUCCAACCCGUCCAGCGUCCAGAUGACAACUGGACCGUCCUCCGAGCUCAUGGGCUCGCCACCUGCUGAGGCAGGCGGCAGCAGCAGCAUGUCCACUGGGCUGCCAAAGAUAGACAAUGACCUUUCAGGAUUGGUGGACUUCACCCGGUUACCCUCCCCCACCCCAGAAAAUAAGGACCUAUUCUUCGUGACAAGGAGCUCAGGUAUCCAGCCCUCGCCCGCACGCAGCUCGAGCUACUCCGAGACAAACGAGCCCGACCUGGGCAUGUCCAACGGCAGCAAGAGUCUGUCCAUGGUGGACCUCCAGGACCCCCGGAGCCUGGAUGGCGGCACAGGUCCCAGCUCCUCAGACGCUCUGGGCGAAGGCCCAGCUACCGGGAUGGGCUGGUCAGCCAGAACCCCUCAAGGUAACAUCCCGGGGGGUCCCACCCUGAAGAGGCCAGGUCAGGCCCCCACCACCCCAGGUACAGACAGCACUCCGGGCCGACCCACCCAGCUGCUGGCCCCGCUGUCCUUCCAGAACCCGGUCUACCAGAUGGCCGCCUGUUUGCCCGUGUCCCCCCGCGGAAUGAACGACUCGGGCUCGGAGUGCCACAGCUCGGUCAGUUCCCACAGCAACAACGAGGACGGCCCGGCGGGAGGGAAGCACUCCUUCUUGAACCACGGCGGGGGCGGAGGGAGCAGCGGGGACGAGUACACCAGGCGCCCGGGCGUCCGACAGCUGUCCCUGACGGAAACGCCCCACCAGCCCACCGUCCCCAGACAGAACAGCGCCGGCCCACAGCGGAGGAUAGACCAACCCCCGCCCAUGAGCACUCCCAUCACCCGGGGCCGCACGCCGCCCAACCUCCUCAGCGGGCCCUACCCCCGGCCCUCCUCCGGCAGCAUGAUGACGUCCUCGCCCGACUGGCCCAGCGGCGGCGCCCGGCUACGACCGCAGUCCUCCUCCUCCAAGGGGGACAGUCCCGAAACCAAGCCGAGAGGUCCCCACAAACAGGCCCCCUCCCCAGUGAACCCCAGUGCGCUGGACCGCACAGCAGCCUGGCUAUUGAAUAUGAAUGUGCAGUAUUUAGACCAUGAGGGGAUGGAGCCCGAGUCACUGAGAAACAGAGAGGAUCUAACUCAGGUGGAGAAGUACCAGCAGGAGAUCGCGGUGCUGCAGGAGAAGCUGCGGGCGUCCGUGCAGAAGCUGGAGGAGUACGAAGCCCGUCUGAAGGGGCAGGACGAGCAGGCCCAGAAGGUGCUGAUGGAGUACCAGGCCCGGCUGGAGGAGUCGGAGGAGCGCCUGCGCAGACAGCAGGACGACAAAGACCUCCAGAUGAAGGGCAUCAUCAGCAGGUUGAUGUCGGUGGAGGAGGAGCUGAAGAAGGACCACUCUGACAUGCAGGCCGUGGUCGACUCCAAGCAGAAGAUCAUCGACGCACAGGAGAAGCGCAUAGCGUCUCUGGACGCCGCCAACGGCCGCCUGAUGAGCGCCCUCAGUCAGCUGAAGGAGCGCUACAGCAUGCAGACCCGCAACGGCAUCUCCCCGACCAACCCCACCAAGCUGCAGAUCACGGAGAACGGAGAAUUCAGGAACAGCAGCAACUGCUGAACGGACCCCGGCGUGUAGCCCCCCCCCCCCACAUCCCCUCCCCCUUCCUCUCUCCCCCUCCCUCCCCCAGAGUGAGUAUCUGAGAGAGUGUCUGAGCGUGUACAGUUUAGACGGCGACGGGGACGCAUGAACGCAUGCCUGACUGAAAGACUGCCGGAAAACCGGAGCGCGUCCGAAGAGGAGGCGGAGCUUCGUGAUUGACACUUUGGAGGGACGGUGCGGGGACAGGUCACCAGGCAGCCUUCAGCCAGGAGGAGGCGGGGGGCGGAGCCUGUACAUAGAAAACUCAGAGCGACCCGUGAGUUCAACACUUGGCCGGUGAACGGAUGCAUCCACCGCCGGGACACUUGGAGCCCCCCCCUCCCCCCACCCCCUCAUCCCCGUCUACGAACUGGGACAAACCACUAUAUAACCACCACCACCACCACCACCACACGGUCGCCCUAGCAACCCCCUCCUCUUCCUCCCUCUUGAAGUGGACCCACUUUAAAUCAUGCAUCGAGGAUUAUCCCUAUAGUCGUCUUGAGGGGAAUAUUUUUGUGUGCUUUAUUUUAAAAGUCAUCAUUUCUAAAGAACCAAAUAGUUUUUUUUUUUUUUUUUCCCAGCCCAAAACAAUCUGCUUUAAUUUUCCCGUUCACCCCCCGGGGGUGUGUUCCUGAGCGUCCCUCCCCCCUUUCCCCUCCCCUCCUCUCCCCUCCCUACGUAGUGCACUUUGUGAAAAGCUAUUGGUACAUGAAUCGCCUUAAGUAAAGGAACACACCUCGAGUUUCUCCCCGUCUCUGCAAAAAAAAAUAAAAAUUUAAAAAAUAAAAUAAAAAGAAAGGGCACAACUUAUACUGUGGAUUUGUAAAGAAUACCAGAUGUAUCAUAAACAGUAAACUAUGUGAUGCUAUAUUGAUAAAAGUUUAAUAUAGAUGUAUGGAGUUUUUCCUUUUUUUUCUCUUUCUUCUAUAGAGUAUACACACAUAUACCUAUAUUUGAUAACGUCAAAUAUAAAAAGCAGCCCUUUAUUUAGUGAGUGACAUGGAGUUUUAUUUUUCUUCUCGGACGAUGAAAAUGAGCAACAAGAGCUGUGUAGCUUCGCUUGGAGCCCCCACCACCCCAACCCCCACCCCAACCCCUCAGCCCCCCCUAGAGGAGACGGAGACCACGGCGAGCAUUGAUCAGCACCUCAACCAUCCUUCCUUCCUUCCUUCCUUCCAACGUUUAACCCUUUACAUACAGUCGAUAUUAGAGCAAAGUGCUUGUGGUCGAUUGGUUUCUUCUUCUUCUUCUCUUCCUGGUGCUCGUGGUCUUUUUUUUUUUUUUUUUUAACUUCCUCUGGUUGCACAAGAGCUGUUGAGAUACUAUACACUGGACCGAUGAGCCGCAAUGGCCUCCAUCCUCCUCCUCCACCUCCAUAUCCUUACUGCUUUAUUUGUCCGUGGUAAUGAAGUAUGCUGCAUCCAAACUGUGACUCUAUCGAUCCUAGUGGCAUCAUCCCAUCCCUCACCCAUCCCUCACCCAGCCCUCACCCAGCCCUCACCCACAUCCCUCGCUCUUCUGAAUGUGAAGAUGCUGACUCACAGUUGGUCUUAACAUUGGAGUUGAAUCCUCCCCCGCCAUCGCUCCCGUCUCUAUUUUGUAUAUUUUUGUAUUCAUUCAUUUUUUUUUUUUUUUUAUUAUUAUUAUUAUUAUUAUUUCUUACCUGUAACAAGACUAUAUACAUCCAGGUGUGAGGCUCUCUGCAUGCUUCAUCCUUGCUCUAGAGCCAACAUUUGUUUCUCUUUGGUUGCCGGUUUGAGACAGUUAUGAAGAUGAUGAUGAUGACGUUGAUGAUGUUGAUGAGUGGCUUGCUGCAGACAUGACGUGAAUAUUACGCUAUAACCGAGUGUAUCGAGACAGCCUGGGAAAGUGUAAAUAAAAUGCUCACACUAUUUUUACCUAAUGUUAACGGAGCUUUUUGUAAAUGUACCUUGUGCUCGGACUCUGCUGUAUCAUUAUGGAUAUUGUAAAUAUAAAAUAGCUCAGUCGGUCAUCUGUCCUCAUUGGGUAGAAAUAUACAACUAAAUUAACCUUUCAGUGUUCUCUCUGUUGAACUUAUUGUUUUGUUUUUUUUGUAUUUAGAGUGUACUAUCACUAGCUGAAAAAAAAAAAAAUAGAAAUGGAAAAAAGAAGCUGAUUGAGUAGGAGUUUGACUCUUUGGAGGCCGAGUCCGGUCUCGAUGAGAUUCACAAGCACAACCCUGUAUUUCUCAUCAGUCCAGCUCUAUGCACUUUUACAUUCAGUGGUUGGUGUUGAUAAUUAGCUUUUUGUUUUUUUUUGUUUUUUUUUUACCUGUUUCAGGUGUUCAAAAACCUGGUAAAGGUCGUUUCUGGUGUAGCUCAUUCAUACAACUUUACCUGUUUAAGACAAAGUUGCCUCAGACUGAAGAAUGCCCUGAUUUUAAUAUAUGAAAUACUUCCCCGGUCGUCUUAUUUCACCAGCCCACGAGCUCUAUAGUACAAAAAAAAAGGUAAAACGGGGACUGUGUUACUUUUAAUACCAAAUGUUUCACCUUGACAUGAAUUAAUUAGCAAUAAAAACAUGUUCCUGCUCA